AUGGCCGACAAUAAAGGCGGCGCAGUUGCUUAUGCGCCGUUUGCUGCUAACUUCACGUUACACACUAUGCAUUCAAGACACUCGGUGGACUCGGUCGCGUCGUAUUCUAGCCAGAAUCACGUUGACCGUAUAAGGGCACAGAAUUUCUCAGCGGCUUCUUGUCAAGACGAAGGCGACUUCGGGUCGAUCAAGACAAGCCUCUUCAGACGGUCGUCAUCCAAUUUAGAAUAUCCAAACAAACGACCAGAGAGCGUCACGUCCAACACCAGCUCAACAAGAAGCCGCCUCCGAGAACUUGUCGAAAGGAAAUCGAGUCAGGACGAUCACAAGUCUGCGGCAGACACCGUCGGUGACAUACAGUAUUUUGAAAACCCUACAGAAACAUUGGAGUUUGACAAACCGCGGAAUUCUCUGGAAUCUAAAAAAAGUCAAGAAGAGCGUCCCAAAAAGAGGAAACUAUCAAAGGGCAAAGACAAAGAAAAAGAUAAGGAUAAAGACCUUUGUGAGGUAAAGAAUAAAAAACACGAAAAAUACCAAAGUAAGUUAGCUGAAUACUACAAAUUACCCGUACAACUGCCACAGGACGAAUUUUAUCAACAUUUGACGAGGUCUAAAGCUGCAGAGGAACUUAUACAGAAACGUUUUGCAAAUUCUGAUACCGAAUUCAGCGGCAGCUACGGAAGACUGUGCAAACACAAAGAGCCGGAAGGUGCUAAUUUACGUCGCAGUCGAAGUUUAGCAGUGAUAAGAGAGGAAACCUUCACCGACUUGCAGAUACAAAACCACGCUAAAAGCAAGAGAUCCCAGUUGAUACCCCGCGCUCGCUUAUUCGAUAAGCCUUGCUUUAAAGACAGGUUGCCAGGACGUGCAAAAUACCAAACCAAAGAGGAAGUUCUGGAAAGUAUUUACAUUGAUAGCACCGCAUCCUGUUUUGGUGACAUAAACGCACAAAAGGAAAACGAAAAAACAGAUAACACUGACAAUAGAUCAGAAAAAGAAGAAGUCCUAUCGCGAAACGACAGCCAUCAUUCAAGAUCCGUAAGUGGAAGUUGGCCGAACUUGAAUGAAGAAAUAAAACCAACAAACUUGUCCGAGGAUAGCAUUGGACAUUCGCGUAAUCCAAGUGAAAUCGAUAGUUUAGACUCUAACUACGUAAGAAAACAUUACAAUUUUGAAGCUCACAGAAAAAAUUACAAAGAUAGUUCGCCAGAAUCAGACCGAUCUAUUACCUCGCUUAAUCCCAGCAAAGAACUAUAUGUAACAACAGACGAACACGGAACUGAUAACGAAGAUAAAGAAAGAUCGAAAAACAACACACCAAAAUCAUUUACUAACGACAGUCUCACGAGGAGUGACAAGGAUAAGCCCGUCGAACUUGAACCAGUAAGUUACACAGAAACCUAUGACGCAAUUUCUGUAAGAAGUAAAAAAAGUGAAGAAAAUACAAGUCCAACACCAGAAGAACAACCAAAUAUAGAUGAAUCGAAAAACGAUAUUGAUAUACAAUCUAUAGCCUCUGAAAACGACGAAAUCGUGUCCAGCCCCCCGGAUAGCAUAACUUCUUAUAUUUCAAUUUCAAUAGCUUCAUCAGACAAGUCGCACAAAUUGGAAUACUUAGCUAAUUCUCUAGCAGAAAAAAUUGAUGAGUAUUGUGAUUCACAAUUCAAAGAAAAUACAUCCAUCGCAUCGCACACCAUAAAAUCUGAAAAUAAUAAUCAAGACAACGACCCUAUUUACACUCAAGUUAACAAGAAAAAGACGUUUGCUGAUAUUCGUAGAGAUUCAUUUUUAAAAAAGAACGGUAACCUUUUCAACGAAAUUUUACAAAAACAGAACAACGAAGUGUAUGUCAGCAACACAUACAUUGAAAGCGACACUUAUUCUACAAAGAGUCACUGCACUUCUAAAAAUAUAACAACUGAACCUUUUGUUACCACCCUUAUCGAAAAUCAAUAUUAUUCGCUCCCCGAUAUUAAUAUUAGUAAGUGCUUAAGAAAAUCAGAACGAAUUGAUGCCCAAUUAAGGGAGGAAGAUCCAGAAGACAUACCUUGUGAAAAUACUUAUGAAAUAGCGCAAACUCAUUUUCGAGAAAUAUUAUCUUCAAAAGGCACUGAAAAUUACGGUCAAUUAAAUAAAACUUUCACAAAACCAACACAUAACUUAAAAAUACAAACAAAUAAUUGCAUUUACCUUCCAGAAUAUACAGAACCACAACUAAUACAAAACUUUAAUAAGCUUGACGACGACUUAAAAUCUAUUAUAACUAUCGAUAGCUCAAACGCUGACGAUAAAGAACCAAACUAUUUUCGCUCAGAUAAUCAUCAAAACGAAAGAGAGAUAAACGAAAUAGAAGGAACAAUUAGAAACAAUAAAAUAAUUACUAAAUCUGAAAGCUUAAAAAUCUCAAAUUCCGAUUACAGGCCAGAGAUUAAUAUCAUAAAGUCGUUAUCUAACGAUAACAUAAAAAAAUCACUACAAGAUAAGAAACCACGGCUAGGAAUAAUUAAGAAACAUUAUUCCCUUCGGCAAAGAGAUCCAACUGAAGACGAUAUUAUUCGUAUCCCCAGCCCGGAUUCUGUUGAAAGAAGUGUAAACAAAACAAGUGAUUUUACAACAACAAAAUCUCCGCCAGUUGAAGAAGAAAAAUCUCACUCACUAUUAUCAAGAGUUCAAUCAUUCAAGACAUCGGCGGAAUCUAAUAUUGCAAUCGUACCACUUAGCGGGCACCAAACAAUUGUUAUAGAUCCACCACUAACACAGACACCGAGUGAAACGAAUACCCGCGCGGAAGUAAAUCCUCCAAAAGAAUUGGAAACAAAAACAACUUUACCACAAGCAACCAACUGUGCUGAUAUACAACCUACAUUGGAACCUAAACCAGUUCCAAAGCCUGUUACCGACACAAUUAAAGAAGUCAGAAAAGUUACAACCGAAAAUUGUAUUGAUACAUCGAGUUACUAUACACCGAAAGAUCCUUUCAUAACUAUAAAAUUAAAUAAAGUUGUAAAAACUACUAUACCAAAACUCAGAAAAGAAACAAGUGAUAAAAUAGCAUUUGUACAGCACAAGUUUGAGAAACCUCCUCCAAAGCUAAUUAUAAAAGAUAACAAAAAUUGUUCGGAACAGCCACUCUUCACAUUCAAAAAAUUAAACACAAACAUGACUAGACCUCAGGUGUUACAGGUAAUCGAUUCGAAAAGUAAAAAGCAAAACAUAACAACGAAAAUGGAAAAUAACAAGGAGACAAAUGUUGUAACAAAUAACAAGCCAGAUACUCCGGUAGAAAUAAAAGAAGAAAAUAAAGACACUAAAAAUGACAGUACAGUUAAAGAAAAACUGAAUAACGCAAUCAAAACCGACAUUGAAUAUCAAGAAAAACUUAAUUCAGUCAAAAACUACUGGUCAAAGCUUAUAGACAAUGGCCCUGAGGGUAAUGAAGCUACCGUUAAACAAGAAUUGAAAGUGCAUCAAGAAGAUUUCAAUAACAAUAAUGGUAAUAACUUUGAAGAAAAAAGGGAAGAUAAAAAUUUGCCUAAAAACGAUGAUACUAAAUGUUUGUCAGAAAUAUCAGUGGGAAAUAUAAUAAAAUCAUUAGAAAGUGUAAAAAUUGUAGACAGCAUACGUAAAAUCAGUCAGGCAAAAUUACAACUAUGGAAAGAUGAAACUGAAAAAGUCAAAAGCGACUCAGAAAUUGAAGAAUCUACAUUGGAUAAAAUUGUUAAAGAUUCUGACCCUAACUAUUAUGAUAAAAAUGAUGUUAAAUCACCUGAAAUAGAUUUAAAUAGGGAUACUCCUGAAAUUGAAAUAGUUGAGUUAAGCAGCGACGAUAACCAAAACCAAAAAACUCAAGCCACUCUUAUAAAAGCAAAAGGUUACGAAAAGGGAUGUGAUGAUUUUGACCACGUGAGAUACAAGGUGAUGAAAUCAGAGCUAUUUAAAAAUAGCAUGAUAGCUAAUUACCGCAAAGAAGCCCAGUUUGACGGGUUACUGCAGUACUUACAAGAUUAUAGCUUUCAGGAACUAUUGGUGAACAACAACAUCGUAAUAAUUGAACCAGUUCGUACUAAAGUCGAACCCGCUCCCAGAAAAAAUACAGAUACCUGCAAAAUUCCACAAACUUUACUUAAGAAAAACGAUAAUAAUGUAGGCCAGAACGAUAAGCCUAAAAAUGCAGUAAGACGACAUUUCUUUUACCACCCCAUAAGGGUAAAUAAGGAAAUUAUUGAAGAAGAGCUUCCUAACCCAGAUACAGUCAAGAAAGUAAGAAACUUGUUUGAAGAUACAUUGAAAAUGAAGAGUCCUAUGACCCACGAUCCACCACUGGUAAAUGAAAAUAUAGGCUUAACCAGAAGAGCUACGUCUUAUCGGAAUCUUAACGAGGAAUCGAAAGGAAAUAAAAAUGGUGGCAGAAAGAAAGUCAUACGUCAGUUAACUAUUGAUACAAACUUCGGUAACAAGAAGUGGGAUAAUGCUAGUCUUUCCAGUGGAGUUUCGAGCGGUGAUCUCAGCUCAAACAACGAAUAUGAAACAGACGGCUUAAGCCCAUAUUCACAGAAAAAUUUAAAAGAUAAUGAAUACAGUUCCAGUGAAGAAUAUCUUUGCGAUUCUAUGAACCAAGAUUUCUGCUGUGAAAGUCAAUACGUGAGUCCUGACAUUUUGCGUAAGAUAAGAGAGUGUGGUACUUCAAUAACUUACUAUGGAGGAAAAGUAUUGACUUCUAAAACUGGUUCAACCGUGAGUCCUAUGACAAAAGCCAUUAUGGAAGAAAUAAAGAGUUUACAAAAAAACUGCAGCAGGGAUUGUUAUUCAUGUCAAACCAAAUGUCGAGGAGAUAAGUGUUCAUGUCUCAUAGCAGACAAACAUAAGCAAAUGCUGUCGGAGAAGCAAAAUUCUAAUACGAACUUAGAUGCUACAAAUCAAAACCAAGACAAAAACAAGCGAACUGAAGGAUUUCCAGGUUUUAAAUUUAAAUUAGUUAAAUCGAACAGUUGUAGCAGUCGCCUAGAGCUUACUGGAACCGACGAUAGCAAAAACCCUAGGAUAAAAUUCAAGAAACAACUAUCAAGAGAAGACCCUCCAUUGGUACAUGAUGAUGAGAAUUCGGUAAAGAAUAAAAUUUGUAGACUAGAAAGUUACAGUAAGGGUAUUGUUAAAACUCCUUUUGACAAUAAAGACAGCGGAAUUAAAAAGGACAUAGUCAAAUCCAAAAUUGAGGCUAUUAAACAAAACGAUGCUAACAUAAGAAAAAAAGAAGUUUCUUUACAACAGCCGGUUCCCGUUGCCGAAACAAAAAAAGAAGCAAUAAUCCUGGAACAACAAGAUGAAAGUACAGAUGAUGCUAAGACUGCAGCGCAAACAGACAAACAAGCAUCAAGUGCCCACACGUUCGAAAAGAAAUUUUAUUAUGUAAAUGAAAACCUUGACCAAGGUAAAGUAACAACGGGAAAAUUUGGAGAGAUGGUGUUCGAAGAGUUUGAAGUUUUAGAGUCGUGUUACGAUAGUUUGAAUAGCAAUAAGUCAUUAAAAUAAAUGUUAAACGUCUACAUUAUUAUCAUAAGCUUUUGCUUACGUAAAAUGUGAUCUGUAUUCAAAUAACACUAAUAAAUUAUUGCUAGUAAAUGUAGUACCUAUUAAUAUAAAUAUUUAGCGUAUAAUCAUGUAUCUAAUUUAGUUUUUAAGUGUAUUCUUUUAACAUAGAUAGCUGUUAACAUUCGCGAUCAAAGUGUACCGUAUUAUUGGUGAUGGUCUCUUUUUCUGUAAUAAAUGUAUUUUAUGGAU